UAUGUUUGCCUCUUCUCCACCAUGUUAUAGACUUGGUUUAUCCUUACCUAAGAUAUAUCUGUUUGUUUUACUGUCUUUGGAUUUCUUUGCAUUUCACCUAUUUUGGCAGCUUCUGGGAGCAAAGACUUCAACUUCCAAAGUCAUUAUCCUUAUUUCCAUAAAAAAAAACCCACUGAGGAUGUGACACGGGGGUUAGUCGCAAGCAGUCUAGUAUUAAAUAUAAUGUUCUAUAACUUUGUUCAUCUGAAGACAGCAUUGUGGCCCUCCACCCACAAAAAAGUAUGAUAUAAAAGACUUCCAAAAAUAUACAGUGAAAAAAAUGGGACAAUUAUUUGAAUCACUUUCACCACCAUGACUGUGGUCUGCAGUGGGGCAAAUAUGAACAAGGGAAGACCAGAAUGUGGGCCUUCAAAGCAUCAAUUAAUAUACUGGAGCAGAAAGUCCCAGUUUCCAUAAGGCAAAUGAAUAUAAAACUGCACAUUCUAGAGGAGAAAUUCAUCCAAAGAUGUUGCAAAUGGAUAAGAAACAGUAACCAAAAGAAAUCACCUACCUGUUUUAUAUAUGAAAUUAUUAGUGUGAUUAUUUUAUUUCUGACUCAUAUGAAAAAUGCAGGAGAAUAAGAAACAGUCAGAUGGACAAAGUGACUCCUCCAGCAUCGGGAGUCUGCUAGAUGACACAGACCGAGAGGUUUGCAGUCUCACGGAUCGAGCCUUCAGAAGUCUGUGCGUGGCUGAGCUUGAAGCAUCUUACACAGAUUCUGAUCCAGCUGUGCCAUCCAACAUCACCCACCAGUUAUCUAGCAAAUUGUUACAAGGUCCACAUAAUGAGAAAACUGUGUCUCGCAAGCAAUUGUCAAAAGCUGAGGAGCAUUCAACAUUCCAGCAGUUUCCCAAAAACUCUAACGAAAAUAAAAAGGCUUCUACAAACACAAGGGGAAAAAUGAGUUUACCAGUGUCUGGGCUGUGCAAUUAUAAACAUACCUCAAAAGUGUCCUCUCUGAUAAAAACAUUUGAUAAAGCUGAAGAUGAAGCCUCAUUAGCACUCACUGAACACCCAGAUAAAAAUAGUUUGAAAAAGGGCCCAUUAAUUUUUGGACGCAAUAUCACUUCCUUGGGCAGCAAAACAAUUCUAAAUAUUCAAAAGGAACUCUCUGAAUUUUCUGACACAUCCCAAGAUAUGGCAAAUGGAAGUGACCGAGAUGAGUUGCACAAGAGACAUAGCAAAAUGGAUCUGAUCUGUCAAGGUCCAUAUAGUUUUCAUUUUUCUCAGGCAGAUGCCUGUAAGUCUAAAAUCUCCAAUGUCUCUAAAAAGGCAGUGAAAAACAGAACAGGCAGAGCAAAAGAACCAGCAAGGAAAGGCAGAUUUCUCCACAGUGAAAACAGUGCGUUUGAAUCAUGGAAUGCUCAUCACAAAAACUUGUCUGAAAUGGGCGACUCUUCUGAAAUUAAGCCCAAAGGGCACAAUCUUACAUUUGGAGGAACACCGUUCCUUAACGAAUCUUGUACUUCUAAAAGAAAUGUAUCUCCUGAUGAUAUCACAGUUACUGGGAUUCUGGAACAAGAUUUUUCAGAUGUCCUUUCAGAAAAAUCUGAAGCCUCUUUCUCUUCAGCAGCUCUACCCCAGAUAUCUUUGCCCAUACAUGAAGACACUGUUUCAAAGGUCUUGUUACCCCAAGUCUCCACUCUGUCAGCAGUUGUAUGCAAGAUUCCUACACCACCGUCCCACACAUCUGAAGAUCCUUUUACACCACCACUGACCUCCCAGAUUGAUGUUUUACCAGCACCACUAUCCAAGGUUCCUAUUUCACCUUCUCUGUCCCAGAUCUCUGUUCCACCAGUAAUGGCGCCCUGUGGCACUGAUGCACAAAUACUGGCGCCACAUGUUACUUCUGUACCAGAGAAGGGUAAUAAUUCAGAACUGGAAAAUAUUUGUCCACCCUGGAGGAAACAAAAGCUUACCCUUGGGAAAAUGGAACCGGUUCAGAAUAUUGCCUGUGAUAUGCCCAAAAGAAAGGAUUCAUUAUAUGGAAAGCAAUCUGAUCUCAGUCUUUUAACUGAGUCACCCAAAUCUGUGUCUAUUCCCUCCAGUACUUCUUUCAACAUCUCAAAACUUUUAACUCCAAUUAUACCUCAAGAGAGAAAUGAAGUAGAAAGCCAGUUGUUACCGGUAACUCAUCCCAUAUCCGACACUAGAAGAAUCAAAGAUAUUGAGGGGGGAAACCUUUACUGUUCUCAGAACGAUUAUAAAUCUAAAGCAUCACGAUUAUUAUUCAACUUAAAAGACAUCCGAAAGCGAGUGAAAAGUACUUACAGUCCCUCUCCUCUGCCAAGAGCCCUUGAAGAAGACGAAAAGAUUAAAGAACACAACAUAAAAUCAAGUGUUACAGCAAUUGGUAUGGUACAAGAAGACAGUAAAAAAUUAAUAGAUGACAGUGAUAAAGAACAAAUGGACAAUACCAUGGAAAACAGCAUUGCUGCUGAUGUAAAUGAAAAUUAUCUUACCGCAACUGCAUCCAAAUCAAAGGCAGAUUCUUUAAAUUACCAAAACAGGGAUAAUUUAAGACAAUGUACUUCAGCAGAUAUAGAGGACUUUAAGAUGGUUUCUGCAACUGCACUGCCCCCAAUUAAACACAGUUUCAGGCAAUAUUCUCCUUCAUCCAGUUGUUCACUUGAUGUAUCUGAGCAGCAUGUGAACAGUCUUUAUUUGCAAGACCCUAAAAAAGAAAAAGGUGUACCAUGUCACAGUUCUAAUGUCGGAUCUCCAGCAUCCCCAAAUCAAUAUUUUACAGCUGAAGAAAAUAUUGUUAACACGGACAGUCAGGCCUGUCCACUAAAUGGGACUGAACAGAAAGGCAAAAGAAGCACCAGCUCUUCUGAGCAAUCUUUCAUAUCCAUAACAGACCAACCAUUUAAUGAGACAAACAGUUCUUUAUUGCAGCUCUUUCAUAAAGCAUGUCUUCAAGAAAGCCAAAGAAAGAAGUCUGACGUUGGUGUGGAGGAAAUGCCCAAUUGUAAAGGAACAGAGACAGAAAGGAGGAAAGAAUUGCAUUACUUCCUUAGCAAUGACAACUCUAAUGUGGAUGGGAAGGGCAAAAGGAAAAAAGAGCAAAGUGAAAAUGGAAGCACAGCACAAGAAAGAAUGGGGAAGGAGAAGAAAGAAGACAGAGGGAAAAUCGUGGAUUCUGCAUCAGAAAGCAAGUCAGAAGAGCCUCUGACACCAAUUUUGCCCAAUUCAUUCAAGCCCAAUUUAUUCAUGAUCAAAGACAACACAUUCAAGUCACCACCUGUGAUAAAAACUAUCAGAUUGCCUCUGCACAGGUCUUUUUCCUGUCAAGAGCCCAUUGCUGGUAGUUAUAGUGAGACUGAAAAACAAUAUGGGCCAAGGCAAAUGAUAAUGAAUACUGAAGAGGUGGGCUUGUCUUUUUCCAGAAUGAGAAGCCAGCACAAAGCAGAGGCUACUGGAAAAGAGAACAACCCAACAACAGAAUAUACUCAUACAGAAGGACUAGGAAGCAUCAUAUCGCUAGUGAAAGAUGAUGAUAAUAAUGAUGAUGAAGGAGCUCAGACUACAUCAGUGCUAUCUGGCAAAAAUGUGAAAAGCAGUGAAAAUUUGGUCAGAGAAAAGGUCAGAGCUGCAGAACUGAAGCUCAGUCCGACUAGUCAGCCAAACCUUAGUAUUGAAAGGGAGCUAGCAAAAAACAAGCAAACUUCUCCAACAAGAGAAAAGAACCACCUAAUUCCUAAACGCAGAGGUGGCUCUUGUGUGAAAAAAAUAAUCAGUCAGGAGACAAAAUCUCCUAGUGUUUCAGAGAGCCCAGCAUCAUUUCCUGGUCUCAGUGAUACAAUUGAAGACGUAACAGCUGCAACAGGCAGCCUGUCAAAUUGUACACAGCCAAAUCCAAGGUCAGAUAGCAUGGUAUCACAUUCGUUCACAAGUCCAUUGACAGGUUCAGGGGCAGUUUUCAAUGCAUCAGAUGCUGAAAAAAUAACAAAUACUUCUUUGCUACACAAAGCAACAGAGAGUAGAGAGCAGCCUUCUCCCACGGAAACAUUUAAUCCAGUCCAGAGAAGUCAACACUCUGAAGAUGCUCGCAAUUCUCCGGUGACAAAUGGAAAACUGCAGCUGAUGGGACAAAUGGCAAAGACAGCAGCCAAGCCUCCAGCUGUACCACCAAAAACAGAAAAAGCAUUGCGAAGAGCAAAGAAACUAGCAAACAAGAGGAAGAAAGCAGUCUCACAACCAAAAAGGCUUCAAGAUGAACCUACUCCACCCUGUGAAGACACUGCACACUUGCCCCUUGUUGAGUCUCCACUCUCUCCCAGGUCUCUUCUGACUCCUUCAGAAUCUAACCUGGAACACCAGCCUGCCAUAUCAUUAAGUCCUGCACCUUCUUUACCUGCAACCCAACGUAAACUCCUUCAGGAUCCAGACUCAGGAGAAUAUUUUAUAAUAGAUUUGCCAGUUCAAUUAAAGACGUUUUAUGACCCUGAAAGUGGCAAAUACAUUCAGUUGUCAAUUCCUUCUUCAAAAAGGAACUUGUCUCAAACACCCACUUCAGAGAUCCUCUCUUCUCCUCAUGCCUUGUACCCCAACGCUCUCCCUCUCAGAGUUUCGUCUGUUCCAGUUCUGGCAUCUCCAUCUCAGCUUUCUGAAACUGCUUCAUCUUUACAAGGAACACUUCUGAAACCGACUUUAGAGUGGCAACUAGCAGACCAGUCUCCAGACAAUCAACCUUGUGAUAUUCACGAUCAAGAAGACGACAGGUCGCAGUAUAACUGUGAAAAAGACACAAGUCUCUCAGCUAAUGCUGACAUCAUUUCAGUGGGUGCAAUUGAAGAUUUUGUUGUUGAAGGUAUAUUGUGAGAAUAUAAGGUGUUAACCACUAUAUUGUGUGUGCGCGCAUGUGUGUAUGUGUGUUUAGUCAUAUAUCAAUAUAUAUCCUACCAAUGAUAGGGUGACUUGGAGGUCUCUCAUUCAUAGGGUCAACGUAAGUUGAAGUCGACUUGAUAGCAGUUAACAAUAACUAUAUAUAUAGGAUAUGUCCUAAAAGUGCAUGCACACAUUCAUUAAUACAACUGGUUGAAUCUUAGUGGAAUUUGUAAUAAAAAGAAAUCUUAUCUACUAUCUCUGAAGAAAUUUGCGAAUGGCAUUAACCCCAAAUUAACAUUAAGGGAAAACAGUCUGAGUGAUAGUGUGAUGCAUAAUGGAAAGUAAUAUGGAAUAAAUUUCUCUUUGGGGAAAACAAAAUGCAGGGAUUUCAUCAUGUAUAGACUGAAAACCAGCCAUGGGAAUAAAAUAUAUGAAUAAGGUCCCUUUUCAGAUUUUAUAUGGGAUAUUCAUUGCAGAAAUAUAGUAGUCCGGAUAUUUAAAAAAAGGCCCAUCAUGGUUGUAUGGUGUAUUCCGCAGAGACAAAUGUUCAUAUAUACGAUUCAUACCUCAUGGCAGGUUCUGGUUAGCAAAUUAAGUGAGUAGAUGAAUGAGACUUCCUAUUUUUCGUUGCAGGUUGUAAACUUCAUUUUUUUUCUAUCUUCUGCUGCGUUGAGAUAUAAAUCAUCAUAAUCCAACCAGCUAAAAGUUCACUGGAAAAUGUGAUAUCAGUCCUAAAUUUCAUUGUCAAAUAAAGCAAGAUUUUAUUCAUCAUA